CGUGCUUUCUUCAAAAUCUCAACCGACCACGAUUCAGUCACACUUCUCUAGAAACAGUUUCAUGCUAGUGCUAGCAGUACGAUCGCAUCUUGACAACUCACAAGGCCAUGUCGUCCGAGGACGACAUCUCGCUAUCAGACCGCCCGCGUCCUGACCUCGGCAAUCGCAAAGACACACGAGAACACUCUGAAGACAAGUCCCCACCUUCCGGUCCACCUUCCAACCCUUCUAAUCUGCCAUGGUAUCACUUUGAGACGCUCUCCCUCCUCGCCUUCUUUUCCCUCUUCGGCGUGCUCGCCCGCUUAGGCUUGACGGCCCUCUUCGAUCAUCCGGGAGCGACGGUCUUCCCCGUAGCUUGGGUCCAGGGGACGGGGUGUUUCUUGUUCGGGUUCAUCGUCCAUCGGAGGAGACAGAUCGAGAGGAUUUGGCCGGCGUUGUAUGUGGGAUUACGAGUCGGCUUCGCUGGAGGGAUAGCCACUUUCGCAACUUGGCAGCUUAAUAGCUUCGUUGGAUUCAGUAAUCUCGAAGGGACCUCCGAUGACUGGCUCUCUUGUGCAUGCGACGGCCUCUCGUACAUCUGGAUCACCGUCACCGUCGUCUUCUUCAGCAUAAACUUCGGUCGACACCUCUCCGGCCACCUCCCUCGACUCCGCUUGGGUCCCUUGCCCCAGACCUACCGGUACAUCUUUAGCGUCAUCGGACUCCUCGGAUGGCUAGCUGCACUCCUGAUCUUCAUUCUACGGGACAACACCUACUGGAGAGCAGGCCGACGAGUCACCUGGGCACUCGUGCUUGCCCCUAUUGGUACCUGGAUCCGAUGGUGGGCAGGUUCCCGGAUCAACCCCAUCUCCCCUCCCUACAUCAAAUUCGGGACGUUCGGGUGUAACAUGGCCAGCACCUCCAUCGCAGGGGUCAUGUACCUCUUGCAACGGAUCUCGCCCCUCGGUCCCGGUCUUGGGGAGUGGCCCUGUCAAGCGCUUCAGGGGGUCCAAGAUGGGUUUUGUGGGUGCUUGUCGACCAUCCCAGCGUUUAUCGAGCAGGCAGAGAAGAUGCACGAUUCGGAUCACAAGUGGGCGACGCCGAUGUCUUGGUUCUACCUUGUCAUUAUGUAUGUUGGUGGUAUACUCUGCGUAAUUCUCACCCUGGGAAUCGGCUGGUGGGCAUCGCCGAACGGAUUAGGAACCGCCUGUGUAUACUAGGGAGUUCAAGGAAGAAGCUGCAAAAAGAGGACACAACGACUGUAUCAUAUCGCAACCACGUCAACGACCGGAGCCGGUCUCAAAUGCAAGGAAAACUAUAAUACAACAGCAAGAAGUCGAAUAAUUCCUCUAUCGAGAAUCCAACGUCUCUUG